GGUUAAAAGACGAACUAAGGAGUGGCUGCUGGGCGAACCCAACCAGUCUCUGUAUUCUUCCACUCUUUUGUAAUUGUGGCUGUGGUAUCCCUUUCUCUCCAACCUCUGAAUUUGAAAAUGGUGAAAGGAAGUGAGAGCGGUGCAGUUCCCGAACCGGUUAUGGAUUCAGUCAACACCACUCUCUCCAACCUUCAACAACUCCGAACGCACUUUAACGAGUUUUUGUCUCUCUCCGACCCUCAAACCCUCUCCCAAAUGCCCCCUCUUCAACGGGCUCAUUCCCUCUUCAUCCUCGCCAAAGUCACAUCUACCCUUCUUGCAUUGAACCUAAGGUGUACCGGGGUCCACCCAGAUGAUCAUCCCAUCAAAUCAGAGCUUGAUAGGGUAAGCUUGUACGAGGACAAACUGGAACGUUUGCUUGAUUUGAGUAAAGCUCCAUUGCGACCUUCUACUACCUUGAAUUAUCAGGCAGCUACACGCUUCAUAGAACACUCUCUGCCUGACCUAACAACAGAGCAGAGGGAAAAUAUGAGGAACAUUAGUAGAGGGGAGAGACCAAAGACAAACCGUCUGGGUCAAGCAGGUCAAAAGAGGAAGUAUCAAUCGUCCGAAAAACCAUCUGUUCAAGCGGCUGCCAAGGAGUUUCUUCAGAAAGCAGCCCGGGAGCUUCUGGGUGAUAACAGUGGCGGUAUUAAGGGACCGUUACAAGUUGACAUUUUGGAUAAUGAUGAUGAUGAACUGCCUUUGCCCUGAUUUUCCUGAAAUUUGCGUGCGUGAACAAGAUGGAGCUGUGUCCAUAGAAGGGAAUAUCACCAUAGCAUUAUUGCUUUGCCAUGCUUUUGGGGAUGGCUUCUAUUCUUUUCUUGGCGACACAAAAACUCAAUACUGUUUUAUCCAUUUUAGUUGGCAACUGGAUGCCUUAAAGAUGCUGACAUGUUUUUCUAGUAUCCAAAAUUUCAGUUUUGCUUAACAGCUAUCCGGUUAAUAUCGAAGUUUUCAAUCGAGAAAUGCUUGUGAUUAACUAUGUUUUUAUUUUUUUGUUUUAAGUUUUGAUUUGCAGUUCAACAAUGUAUAUGGCUCAAUUAA